UUUUAACAGAGAAAAACAUGGCGGAUAUGGACGAGUUGUUCGGCAGUGAUGGAGACAGCGACAAUGACCAACGAGAGUCUGGCUCCGGCUCGGGUUCAGAUUCGGAGCAGGAGAGAGCGAGGUCUGUCAGCAACGCCUCUGGCAGCGGCAGUGACAGUGAGCGAGAACAAGAUGAUGACGAUGAAGGCCAGGAGGACGGGAAACCCAGUAUGAAUAAGGAACUUUUUGGAGACGACAGUGAGGAUGAAGAGCACAGUCAACAAAGCGGCAGCGACAACCGUUCUGAGCGGUCGGGCAAUCAGUCAGAUGCCAGCAUGCACUCUGACCAGGCUGAGAACGAACACUCUGAUGCAGAGCAACACAGCGGCUCAGAGGGCGGCCAUCGAGAUGAUGAUGAUGAAGAAGACGAGGAUGACAGGGUGCGUCGGUCAGAUGGCGGAAGCCCUGCAGGCAGUGCGAUGUCUGGAGGAGGAAGUCCUCGCUCUGAGAGGGGCAGUGUCCGUUCAGAUAGAAGUGUUCACAGUGACCUCGGAACCCCCCGGUCUGGUGCAGCCACUCCGCACUCUGAUGGAGAAGGGUCAGGUCGGGAGAAUCACUCAGAUGAUGAUAAGUGGGAAGGCGGUGCUAAGAGCGACCAAUCAGAAGAUGAAGAGGAGAAGCAACAAUACUCUGAAGAAGAAAGGGAGAACUCUGAUGAUGAGGGUCCCAGGAACAGAAAGUCUGCUACUCCUAAUGAAUCUGCAAAAGGAAGCGAUAGUGAAGAUGAUUUCAUUCAAAAGAGAAGCAAACCAAAAGCCGCUUCUGACUCUGAUUCUGACAGUGACGUCGGCGCAACUAACAACAAGAAAUCAGUGGCAGAUGACCUGUUUGGAGAGGCGGAUGAUAUCUCUUCUGAUAGUGAUGCAGAGAAGCCUCCGACCCCGGGACAGCCCAUGGAUACAGAGGAUGGCAUGGAGGGGGAGCAGGUCGAGGAGGAGCCUGUGCCUGAAACUCGUAUCGAAGUAGAGAUUCCCAAAGUCAGCACUGACCUUGGAUCUGACCUUUACUUUGUUAAGCUGCCCAACUUCCUCUCUGUGGAGCCCAGACCUUUUGACCCUCAGUACUAUGAGGAUGAAUUUGAGGAUGAGGAAAUGCUGGAUGAAGAAGGGCGCACCAGACUCAAACUGAAGGUGGAGAACACCAUCAGGUGGAGAGUCAAGCGAGACGAGGAGGGAAACGAGGCACGUGAGAGCAACGCACGCAUUGUCAAAUGGUCCGAUGGGAGCAUGUCCCUCCAUUUAGGGAAUGAAGUGUUUGACGUUUACAAAGCUCCUCUUCAGGGAGACCACAACCACCUGUUCAUCCGCCAGGGUACGGGGCUACAAGGACAAGCUGUUUUCAAAACCAAGCUCACGUUCAGGCCCCACUCCACUGACAGCGCCACGCACAGAAAGAUGACCUUGUCUCUGGCAGACCGUUGUUCCAAGACUCAGAAGAUCAGAAUCCUGCCAAUGGCUGGACGGGAUCCCGAGUCGCAGCGCAAUGAAAUGAUCAAGAAAGAAGAGGAGCGGUUGCGGGCAUCUAUCCGCAGAGAGUCCCAACAGAGGAGGAUGAGAGAGAAGCAGCACCAGAGAGGCCUGAGCAGCAGCUACCUGGAGCCAGACCGCUACGAUGAUGAAGAGGAGGGUGAGGAGGCCAUCAGCUUGGCAGCCAUCAAGAGCAAAUACAAAGGAGGAGGAGGCUUGAGAGAGGAGCGAGCGAGGAUCUACUCAUCAGACAGUGAUGAAGGCUCCGAUGAUGACAAGGCCCAGAGACUGAUGAAGGCUAAAAAGCUCGACAGUGAUGAGGAGGGUGAGGGGUCAGGCAAGCGAAAGGCAGAGGAUGAUGAAGAAAUGGCCACUAAGAAGGCCAAGAAAUAUGUCAUCAGUGAUGAAGAAGAAGAAGAAGAAGAGGAGGAGGAGGAGGAUGAGGAGGAAGAUGAGGAAUAAAUAACUUUGUUUCUUUCAGUGAGCAGCCCACAUGACUUAUAAAUAGUCAUAUCUUGUUUUGUAUAUUUUUUUAAGAGGUCCGUGUGGUUGUGUACAAUGGUGCGAUUGGUUGUUUUUGUCGUGUACAGCUGAAUUGGAAAAAUAAAGAAACAGUUGUCUUAUCAUUUUUAA